AUGGAGCGCUCGUAUCUCUUUUCGUCGGAAGAUGUCCUGGCACAUUUCUCCGUGACGGAGGAGGCGGGGUUGUCUAGCGAGCAGGUGCUGAGGGCGAGGGAGGUGUAUGGAAGUAACGCCCUUCCGGAGGAGCCCCCGACGCCGCUAUGGGAACUCGUACUUGAGCAGUUUAAAGAUCAACUUGUGCUGAUUCUUCUGGGGUCUGCGGUUGUGUCUUUUGUACUGGCUCUAAUGGAAGGUGGAGAUGAUUGGACGGCGUUUGUCGACCCAGUUGUUAUACUCACUAUCCUAAUCCUCAACUCCAUCGUCGCAGUGUCGCAAGAAACCAGCGCGGAAAAGGCCAUCGCUGCACUACAAGAAUACUCCGCGAAUGAAGCUAAGGUCCUUCGUGACGGACACUUGCAACGCAUUAGGGCGGAGGAGCUGGUACCUGGUGAUAUCGUCAGUGUCGCCGUUGGCGAUCGCAUCCCUGCCGAUUGCCGUCUGCUUUCUAUCCAAUCCAACAGCUUCCGCGUCGACCAGGCCAUCCUGACCGGUGAGAGUCAGAGUGUAUCCAAGAGCACGAAGCCUGUCAAGGAUGCUGAGGCUGUCAAGCAGGAUCAAAUCAAUAUGCUCUUCUCUGGCACAACGGUUGUGACGGGCCAUGCGCAUGCGAUGGUUGUCCUGACUGGUGCCGCGACAGCGAUUGGAGACAUCCACGAGAGCAUCUCGGCGCAGAUUUCGGAACCCACGCCGCUUAAGAAGAAGCUGAAUGACUUUGGGGAUAUGUUGGCCAAGGUCAUUACGGUGAUUUGUGUGCUUGUUUGGCUGAUUAAUGUGGAGCAUUUUAAUGACCCCGUACAUGGCAGUUGGACGAAGGGGGCGAUUUAUUAUUUGAAGAUCGCAGUUUCUCUGGGUGUCGCGGCGAUUCCGGAGGGAUUGGCUGUUGUUAUUACGACGUGUUUGGCGCUGGGGACGAGGAAGAUGGCUGCUAAGAAUGCGGUGGUUAGAUUGUUGCCGUCUGUGGAGACGCUGGGGAGUUGUAGUGUCAUCUGCUCCGAUAAGACGGGAACACUGACAACAAAUCAGAUGAGUGUGGAGAAGAUUGUGUAUCUCAAUGAAGCAGGGGAUGGUCUGGAGGAGAUAAAUGUUGAAGGAACCACCUUCGCGCCCAAGGGUAGUUUGAAGAAAAAUGGUCGCCAGGUGGAAGAUUUGGCCGUUUCAUCGUCUACCAUACUUCAGAUAACUGAGGUUCUGGCUCUCUGUAAUGAGGCCUUGUUAUCCUACGAUCAAAAGACAGGCGCAUAUUCUAGCAUCGGUGAGCCAACUGAAGGUGCUCUUCGCGUGCUAGUUGAGAAGAUCGGAACCGAUGACCCAGAACUGAAUAAGAAGAUCAGACAACAACCUGCAUCAGAGAGACUUCACAUGGCCAGCAAACACUACGAACAUCGCCUACCCUUACAAGCCUCAUACGAAUUCUCCAGAGAUCGCAAGAGCAUGUCUGUCUUGGCUGGCGAGGGUAACCAACAAAAGCUCCUCGUAAAGGGUGCCCCUGAAUCGAUCCUGGAACGUUGCUCCACGCCCUCCUUGUCCCAACGGACCAGAGUCGCUUUGACGAGCACACACCCAGCUAUCUCUCAGGAAGUCGUGGACUACAGCAACAGAGGCCUGCGUGUCAUCGCCGUUGCCUCCAUCGACAAAUAUCGCUCCAAACCCCCUCCUCCACGCCGCUGA